AAUUUCCGUUAGCACGUUUGACCCUCUGAGAGAAUCAGAAAGGUUACGUUUUCUGAUUAUUUAUUAUUACCACAGGUUCAAAUUAUUGAAACAUGGCAGAAGUUGAAGGUGUAAUUGAAAAGAUACAACGUCCAGCAGAUUUGUCAAUCGAUGAGGAUGAAGAUGAUGAGGACAUUGAUGAGACCCUGAGUGAAAGGCUAUGGGGCCUGACAGAGAUGUUCCCUGAGCCUGUGCGGACUGUAUGUGGUGCCAUCAGCAGCUUCACAUUUACAGGAAUCAAAGUUGGCUUCAGUCUGGGUCGCAGUGCCCUCUGGAUUGCAUCUUCAUCAGCUGCUAUCAUGGUACUUCCAAUAGUAUUUGAAUCUGAGCGGGCUCAGCAACAUGAACAGCAACUACAGCAACAGCGACAGAUCUUGCUUGGUCCAAACGCUGCAGUGUCAGGUGGCCAGAACAUGAUGCCAGGGAUGGCAGGGAUGAUGAUGCCAGGACCGAAGUAGUGACUGCCGUACAGUGUGUGUGUGUAUGCAUUUAUGUGGAGGUCAUCACAGACGUUGUGGGGAGGAGAAAGGAAGAGCAUUGUGAUACGGUGUGGUUUAACCAGAAAACUGUUUUGUCUUCAUGUACAGUGGCACUUUGUUAAUCUGGACUGUAGUUUGGGCAGAAAAAAAAGACUGUCUGCACAAGGCCGAAAAGAUAAAACCAAUUAGUUGGGGGGUUAGUAGCUCUUACUACUGGUGUGACAUGAUGUUCCACUCAAGGUAAACAUUUUCAACAUGAAAUAGUUUUUGUAUGUGUUCAUGCUUAUCAUGCUUUUGCUAGAGAUUUCCAAAGUAGUUUCAUAUGGUUCUGAUAAAGAUAUUUUUUAUCGACUCCAAUCUGUGAUUGUUUGCGAGUAGCACCAUAGUCCAAACUAAUAAUGUUUUACUGUACUGCCCUCACAAUGUUUUAACCCAUGAAGUCGGUUACAUGCUCAUUGAUAUGUAACAUAUCAGUUAAAAAUUCCACGAGAGCAUCAUCUCAUAAGCAUCAAGUCCAUUGGCACCAUGAGACUUUUAGAUACGGCAGUUACUGAUGUGUUUUAUGGUGGCCAGGAAAAGAGCAGUCAUUUUUCCUGAAAACCUCUCCUGAAAUUGAGAUAUUGUUAAUGUGAUUGUUGACUUUUCAUCAUUGUUGAGGUAUGGAUGUGUUUGUAUGAGAACAUUUAGCCUAAUAAAUAAUAUAUAACA